CAAACUCCGGUCGAGGAAGAGUCAGCAGAGCAAAGAGAAGAAGAAGAAUUUAACGGUUCCCGGUUGUUGAACCGCCCCAGUCUCCACGGUGCCGGUAGCUUACAAAUGGUUUAGGACUGUAUUGUACUAACUCACCAGUCGAGCCGCCAGCUGUUUCUGGCUUCACCAAGCUAACGCACCCGCUGUGUUUUUGUUUUGCCCCCCCUCAACGAGCAGCUAUGUGUUGACAACUUCCCUCAUUAAGGAUCGUUACAGCAACCAAAGAGCGAUGGAGGAGGGCUGUGAGGUGAUGGAGGAUAUAGUAUUUCGAGGAGUGGAGUUCUCUGUGAAGAUAGAGGUGGACAAGGGUCUGCUGAUUGUCGAAAUCUCUGACUCAGCGACAGCAGAUCAGUGGAGGGGGGACUUUGAUCCAGCAUACAUUGAGGACCUCACUCGCAAAACUGGCAACUUCAAACAGUUUCCCAUUUUCUGUAGCAUGUUGGAAUCAGCUGUUAGAAAGAUGAGUGAUUCUGUUACGCUUGACCUCCUGACCUAUGCUGACCUGGAGCUGCUACGCAACAGGAAGGCAGGAGUGGUCAGUCGACCUCGCGGCCAUCAGCAAUCAUCUGCUCUCACUGCCAAAAGAUAUCUAAUCCUCAUAUACACUGUGGAGUUUGACAGGAUACACUACCCUUUACCACUGCCCUAUGUGGGUAAACCUGACCCAGCUGCCCUGCAGAAGGAAGUCAGAGCUCUGCGGGCUGAGCUCAGCACUGUCACCUCUCAUGGAGUUAACAAAUCUGCAGAGCUAGAAGUACAGCGGCUACGAGCAGAGCUGGCUCUGGUGAAAGAAGAAAAGGAGGCCAUGGCUAAGGUCCUGGAGCGGCUGCAGAUCGGUGGAAGCAGUUCCGCACCUGGACAAGAGGACUGGAGGGUCAGAGAUGUGGUGAGGACGCUGGAGGAGCAGCUUGUAAAGGAGAGGGCCAAAAGUCAACGCUCAGCGAGCAAGAGAUGCCAGGAGCAGCGACUCCUGUGCGAGCAGUUGGAGGAGCUGAGAGCUUCAGAGUGCGCUCUCCGCGUUCGUGUCAAGAGUCUCACCAAUGAACUGGCGUUACUACGGAGAGGGUUAGACAAUCUAAGCGUCAGAGUGACUCCUGUGUCUGCUCACAUCGGCUCUCGGGUUGACGGGGAGGUCUAUCGCUCUCUCUCCCGCGAGAGGAGGACGGGGUACGGGACGGUCAGGACUCGGUCGGGUUCCAGAGAACGGAUGGAGGACAGAGGGCAAAGGUCAGAGGAAAGAGGAAGAAGAGCAGAUUCCUCAGGACCACGCGCUCGCAUACCCAGGCCGUCACCCUCUCCCACCGGUUCACGCGUACCCCGCUUUGACCCAACUGCUUAUAUCCAGGACAGACAGCGAAGGCUGAAAGAGGCAGAAGUCAAAAAACAGAGGAAGGUACGUAGGGACAUGCUGACGUCACCCAUUGUCCCAGAGAGGGGGCGUUCACGUUCCAGAGAGGCCUAUCCUCAGAUGUCCCGGUCUGGCAGCAGAGGCAGGAGUUUAUCUGUGGAGCGGAGAGGGAGCAGGAACUCCUCUGAAAGCUCGUUAGUGGAUAUGGAGGAAAUGGCCAAAACUCUGUUCAGAGGAAGAAAACAGACUUACAAUGGACCCAGUGUGGUGAGUGACAUGUCUAGAGGAGGCCUUCUGACCAGGAAACCACUAUGCAGUACUCCAUCACACAGAAUGAAUGACAAAGAGUGCUCCGUAGAUACUGGUGCUGAGCUGUCGGAGAUUGAUGCCAGGCUGCAGGCACUUCAGGAAUACAUGAGGGACCUGGAUACAGGGCACUAACAACCACUGCACAACCUGCUGCAUAUGUUACCUGACGACUGCACAGCUUGGAGCUCAGGCCAUCUUUUUUUCUUUAUUUGUGUACUGUGCACAGUCUGAGGGACACGUGAAGCGUUUAAGAGACUACAAGUCCCUCUGGAGGAUCAGCCUUCCAGGACUUCAGGGAACUACAGCCAUCAUCACUGUGAAAGACUACUUUUUUGUGGACUAAAAUUAUUAUUUUUUUUAAUAUGCCAAGUUUUUAUUAAUUAAUUUAAAAGACGACUGUCGAGUGUAGUGUCAUCCUUUCUUUUUUACACCAUCUAGUUACAUGGAUGUUAAAUGUGGCAGUACCUCAGUCUGUGAGUCCGAUUGUUGAUAUUUUCUUUCCUUUCCUUUUUUAAAAAUGUGAUGUUAUGAUUGACAGUAUGGGUUGUGUUCUUUCAUCCUCCAGAUCCCUUUUUUUUAAAUGGUUGAUUAUCUAAGAAUUAAUUUUCUCCCUGUGAGUGUGUGCAUCAUCUCGACCUUUUUUCAACACAUUGAAGUUAAACAUCCAUAACCAUAGACUGUUAAACCUGUGAUGGACUGUUGUCUCUUCCACCCAGUGCAUGCUGGGACACACUCUAUCUUGUUUACUCUGAAGGGCAAUAAGCAACUAGAGGACAUGACUGACUGCAUGCUUGUCAUAGGAUUUGGUGGUUAAAUGUCAUUCCAGCCAAAGUCUGUAUUUUCCAUCUGUAUUUUGUAAUGUAUGUUCUCUCUCCUGCUCGACUUUAAACUCUACAGUGCAUUUUUGUAGUUUGACUUUUUAACUAACUGAUCCGCAUACUGCAUUAAACAUUUUUUACUGUUUGAACCUAAGUGCACCAACUUUCCAUUAGAUGUUACAUCCCAUAAAUCCCAAUUUGUGUAAGGGAACAAUACCCAUCAUCACACUGUUUUGGAUUGACUGUGUUGGUAAUCUAUGUUGGUUUUUGUACCGUAUGAACACUGACACCUUUUUUAUGAUAGUAAAACUGCCAAAUUUUGUAUGAAACUGCUGUUAAGUGCGUGUUACUCACUUUUUCCCCAGUCUGAUGCCUUUUUGUACCACCUAAAAAUAUAAUUUAUAACAAACGUA